GCAACUGCAGCAAUAAUCAGAUCCUCCAUCCCGCGGCGGCCGUGAGCACCAACACUCACGCAUUCCUUCCUACUCCGCGAGAUCUCCGGAUUCGUUUCGGUGUUUUGCGAGUCGCGCCCGGAGAAGAGGAGAGGAAAUCCGGUCAAUCGCGGCGUCGGCGUGCCGUCGCUUGGGGUGGUGUUGGUGGUUCUGAAUUUUGAUUGCUUCGUGCUUUUCGUUUGGGGGAGGGCAGUGGUCGCCAUGGGAUUGGGGAACGAGGCGAGCUCGUCGUCGUCGCGGCUGCUGGAUCCGGCGCCUCUGCUGCCGCACCACGGUGGAGAUGGCGCCGGGAAGCUGUCGUCGCAGCCCAAGACCUUCGCGAACGUCUUCAUCGCGGUGGUCGGCGCCGGCGUGCUGGGGCUGCCGUACACGUUCUCGCGGACCGGGUGGGCGGCGGGGUCCAUCCUCCUGCUCUCCGUCGCGGCGCUCACCUUCUACUGCAUGAUGCUGCUCGUCGCCUGCCGCCGCCGCCUCGCCGACGAGCACCCGAAGAUCGCCUCCUUUGGGGACUUGGGGGACGCCGUGUUCCGCGGUCCGGGGCGCCUCGCCGUGGACACCAUGCUGGUGCUCAGCCAGGCCAGCUUCUGCGUCGGGUACCUCAUCUUCAUCUCGAACACCAUGGCGCACCUUUACCCCGUCUUCGCGCCCUCCUCCAACGCGCUCCUCUCCCCAAAGGCGCUCUUCAUCUGGGCCAUGCUGCCGUUCCAGCUCGGGCUCAACUCCAUCAAGACGCUGACGCUCCUCGCGCCGCUCAGCAUCUUCGCCGAUGUGGUUGACCUCGGCGCCAUGGGCGUCGUUCUCGGGGAGGACGUGUCCGUCUGGCUCGCCAAACCACCACCCGUCUUCGCCUUCGGCGGCCUGAGCGCGAUCCUGUACGGCAUCGGCGUGUCCGUGUACGCCUUCGAGGGAAUCGGCAUGGUCCUUCCGCUUGAGGCGGAGGCCGCCAACAAGAAGAAGUUCGGGACCACGCUCGGGCUAUCCAUGGGGUUCAUCGCCGUCAUGUACGGCCUGUUCGGCGCCAUGGGGUACAUCGCUUUCGGCGACGCCACGCGCGACAUCAUCACCACCAACCUCGGGACCGGGUGGCUCUCGGCCGCCGUGCAGCUCGGGCUGUGCAUCAACCUCUUCUUCACCAUGCCGGUGAUGAUGCACCCCGUGUACGAGGUCGCCGAGCGGCUGCUCCACGGCAAACGCUACUGCUGGUGGCUGCGGUGGCUGCUCGUCCUGGCCGUCGGCCUCUCGGCCAUGUACGUGCCCAACUUCACCGACUUCCUGGCGCUCGUCGGGAGCAGCGUCUGCGUCCUGCUCGGCUUCGUGCUGCCGGCCUCGUUCCACCUCAAGGUGUUCGGCGCCGAGAUGUCCUGGUCCGGGGUGCUCAGCGACGUCCUGCUCGUCCUGCUCGGCCUCUCGCUCGCCGUCUUCGGCACCUACACGUCCCUGCUGCAGAUCUUCCAUUCCUCCAGCGCUUAAUCUCUGGAGAAUCUUUACGGAUAGCUGCGCCGAUGAUUGAUUUGCUCAUUUGCUUCGCGCGCGGGUGUCAGCCUGUCAGGUACGCUGGUUGCAUUCUUCGUGUACAGAGAAGGUGAUCGGUCGAUCAGAGGGGCAAUGCCCAAUUCAGCUUGCUGUUGAUUUGGGCAUGGACAGCGUGCAUCGGCCGCAUUCUUUCGAUUACAAGUCAGAUGGUUUGUACAAGUUAGCGUGGAUGGCAUGGAGAAAUCUGUAUGGUUUUGCAACGACAGAUUCCCAUAGCUACUCGUGUCAGUUAAUAUUUAUGUGUAUGUCUUGGAUGUUUCAGCUGCUGCAUUGCACGGUGGAAUCGAUGAAAGGACAUAGUAAGUUUCAGUCUAAGUUUAAGCCUAUUUAGUUGAUAAAUAAAGUGUCUAGUUGAGGUUGCAGCUUGUGUGCGGUACUGCGGGUUGUGUCAAUUAGGAAGGCAAGCAAUCGGGACGACUUGGCAAAGUAUACAUUCUAUUCUGUUCAUUCUGUUUUGUCCCAAGCAAGUAAACUUGUAAUGCCCCAACUACCAAUCGAAAUAUCGAAUCUUCUUUCAGCUUGCCUGUUA